AUGUCACGCGACGGGACGUGGAUGAUGCACGUCUACGACGCGCUCGUCAACUACGACGACUACGUACCCCCGUCCUCGCGGCCCGCGGGCCUCGCCCCAGCCCCACCACCCCGGACCCAGCUCCCGCCGCUAACCCCCUACGGCUCCUGCACCACCGCCGCCGUCACCGCCUCGCCCUCCCCGCCUACCUCCCACUACUACGACGCCGCCAAGCACGCCACCCAGCCCGCGCGUGCUAGCGCUCGGCCCCGCACCUGCUCGUGCUGUAGCACGACGGCUCAUCAGGAUCCCUCGCCGGCCGCGGACCACAUGCUACCCAGAGCUAAGCAGCUGGGCAGGACGCAGGACGGCAAGGAGAACAUUCACAUAUUAACUAUCCCUAAUCGAAAGAAGCAGCGGGCUGCGGCGAGAGCGUCUCGGCGCGAACAAUGUCGGAGACUGCGAUCGGCACCUGACUAUGGUGAAGAUGCGGAUGACGAGGAUGACGGAAUUAAGCGGGAACGGUAA